AGGCACUAUGAAGCUGGGGCAGCGUCUCUCUGUUUGUGUCCUGCUGCUACUUUGCAUGACAUGGGGAGCAAAUGGAGGGAACAUUUUGGUCUGGUACACUGAAGGCAGCCACUGGAUUAACAUGAAGCCUGUGCUGGAGACGCUGAUCGACAGGGGACACCAGGUGACAGUUCUAGUGCCGAGCACAUCGAUGUUCAUGAACACCAGUGAGCCUUCUCGCUUUAGCUAUGAACCCUUCAACGUAUCUGUCACAAUAGAGAGAAUAGAGGAGUUUUAUGAGGAGUACCUUCGCUUCUCCAUGUAUGAAAUAGAUCAUAUGAGCUACUUGCAGUUAUACAUACGAUACAUGGAUUUAAUGAAGGUUGAACUGCAGUAUUCUUUUAAGUAUUUGGACGGCAUGCUAAAAUCAGAAACCAUCAUGAAGAAGCUGAAGGAAGGAAAAUAUGACCUUCUCCUGGCUGACCCCAUCUACCCUGGCAGUGACUUAUUAGCAGAGAUUUUGGGGAUCCCCCUGGUCUUUACCCUGCGCUUUUCCCUAGCCUAUAAUUGGGAAAGACACUGUGGUCAACUACCCGCUCCACCUUCCUUUGUCCCUGGGGCUAUGAGCAAACUGACUGACAAAAUGGACUUCUCAGAUAGAGUGUGGAACUUUCUCUUCUAUGCACUGCAGGACAUCGUGAUUGAUGAUGCGUUUUGGAAUUUACUAGAUAAAUAUUACUCCAAAGUUAAAGGAACACCCACCAGUGCCUGUGAGAUGAUGGGUAGAGCAGACAUCUGGUUGAUACGAACAUACUGGGAUUUUGAAUUCCCUCGUCCUUUCCUCCCUAACUUCAAAUUUGUUGGCGGGAUACACUGCAGACCUGCUAAACCUUUACCAGAGGAUAUGGAGGAGUUUGUGCAGACUUCUGGAGACGCAGGCAUUGUGGUCUUUUCUUUGGGAUCAUUCAUCAAGAACAUCACCACAGAGAAGGGAAACAUGAUAGCCUCAGCCCUUGCUCAGAUCCCACAAAAGGUGCUGUGGAGAUACAGUGGAGAAAAACCAGCAACUCUGGGUGCCAACACCAGAAUAUACGACUGGAUCCCUCAGAAUGACCUACUGGGUCACCCCAAAACCAGAGCUUUCAUCACCCAUGGUGGCACAAACGGGAUCUAUGAGGCCAUCUACCACGGUGUUCCCAUGGUAGGCAUCCCCAUGUUUGCUGACCAGCCAGACAACAUGGUCCAUAUUAAGGCUAAGGGAGCUGGAAUUAUAGUGGACUUGAAUUUCAUGAAGACCGAGGACCUUGGAGAUGCAAUCAAUGCUGUCAUCAAUGAAAAAUCGUACAAGGACAAUGUCAUGCAGCUGUCUAGUAUCCACCACGACAGACCAAUGAGUCCUCGGGAUGAAGCAGUAUUCUGGAUUGAGUACACCAUGAGAAAUAAAGGUGCAAAGCAUCUGAGGGUUCAGGCCCAUGAGCUCACCUGGUACCAGUAUCACAGCCUGGAUGUCCUUGCCUUCCUCCUCACCAUCAUGAUGUUCAUCUUAUUUCUCUUCAUCAAGACCUGCAGAUUCUGCUUCUGGAUGUGCUGUGGCAGAAAGAGAAAGACUAAGAGAAAGGCAGAAUAGAAACCGAAAUUAUAAAGAAAUGUUCCGCCUGGUUGUCCUGUUGGUCAAAAUAAUGUAAUGUAACCAUGAUGCCCUGGAUUAUGACAUAUGGCUUGGGUCCGACAAUGGUCACUACUUUGAGCAACUCAAUUGAGCAAAUGAAUAAAAAGUUGAACUAAGUGUCUUCAUGUAAAACUCCAAACAAUGUACUAUAUGCAAGGUGUUAUUUGUUUCAUUUGUUUGGUCACCAUGAACUCAGUUACACGCAGCCUAGCCUGAAAACUGAAGUUAAAACAUGUUUAGCCUCUACGUUGACAAUUAGUAUCCAUUUUCAUUCUGUGCAAAUACUUAAUUACUCUCCUGUAUCACCUGUGCACAAAUUUGCAUUACUGCACCUGAGGCCAAUUAGACAUUAAAUGUUAAUUGGCUGAUAUAGUUGUAGUAAAAAAAAGUAAAUAACAAACACACAAAGGAAUUUCAUUAUGUGCCUUUACUUGGAUAAUACUGAUGACACCCCACUCCUUCAGGUUUUCAAAAAUAUUUAUACAGGCAUGGAAACAUGGGCUUUAAAUCAAAAUUUAGCAUACAGAAAAUAUUGUAUUAACAUAAAUUAAGUAAUUUAAUCAA